CUCAUCUCCUUCCUCCCUCCCUCUUCCAUACACCCAUUGGAAGAAGAAGGUACCAACGAAGGAAGGAAAAGAUCGCCAUUAAUCCUCCAGCAAUGAACUCCACGCUCGCCACUUCCUUCCUCCAUCUCAAAGUACCUUCUUCUUCUUCUUCCUCCGCCCUCUCCUCCUUCAAUUCAACAUCCCAACUCCCCCCUCUUCUCAAUUCCACCAGGCUCGCCCACCCACAACCUUCUUCCAUUCCCACCAUUACAGCAUGUCUACCAAACCCACACCCACCCUUAAUCAUCCAGCGCCUCAAAACCCUCGCCAAAGCCGCCGUCUUGAUCGCCGCCUCUGCUUCCGCCGCCGCCCAUUUCUCCGUUCUCCACCCGGCCAAAGCCGAACCCCCUGCAGCAGCCGCAGCUACUCUGGCUGAAGAAACCCCGGCCACCAUCGAAGAGGAAGAGCAACUUGAUCCACAGAAGGAUGAGGACUCUUCUUCCUCGUCUUCUUCCUCGUUCGCCUCUCCUUUGUCCGAGUUUCUCGUGGGCAACACCGAAGCCGUCGAGUCUCUGAAGUCCCUGCUGCAGCAGAAGCUCGAGGGCCGGGAAGACGAGGAGGCGCUCAAGAUCCUGACCCGUCUCGUCGCCGCCCAGCCCGCGGCGGUGGAGUGGAAGUUCUUGAUGGCGAGGUUGUACAACGAGAUGGGUCAGUCCCAGAAUGCCCGCAAGGUGUUCGAGGAAAUUCUAUCUGUGAACCCUCUGUCGUUCGAGGCUCUUUUCGAGAAUGCGCUGCUCAUGGACAAGAGUGGGGAAGGGGAGGCGGUGAUCGCGAGGCUGGAGAAUGCUCUGCAGAUAGCGGAAGAGGAGAACAAGGUGAAGGAAGCUCGAGACGUGAAGCUGAUAAUGGCGCAGAUACAGUUCCUGCAGAGGAACAUAGAGGAGGCGAUGAGGAUAUACCAGGAGCUGUCGAAGGAGGAUCCCAAGGAUUUCCGGCCGUAUUUCUGCAGGAGAAUGAUUUACAGUCUGCUGGAUAAGAACGAGGAGGCGAAGCAGCAGUUCCUAAAGUAUCGAGAGCUCUCGCCGAAGAAGUUUGAGGUGGAUGGAUACCUGAGGACUCCAUUGUCAAGAAUGAAGGUUUUUGGGCCGAGUGAUGAAAACUGAGCUCCUGUUACAUGGGAGGAGAGGGCGGGAAUAACUACGGAGAGAUGAAACCAGAUUUGGGUAGAGUUCGUUCCUCUUUUGCUGCUUUAUAGUUUAUCCUUGAAAUAUUUUUAUACCUAAUUUUGUGCAACACAUUACAGACUGCAGAUAAUGUGUUUGAAAGUUAUCUCAAUCAGUUGCAGUUUUGAGGCAGCCAUUGAUCGAUUGAUGUAGAAAAUCUCUCUUGAAUUGUAGACUGACCAUGUACCAACUUAACAUAAUGUGGUUGAGACUGCUUAGCAAAUGCUUGUUUUCUCUAUUUUUUUACCUUUCUCGUGGGCGAUCUACAUGUUCAGACACGGGAUUCUAAAUUC